AUGGAAUCAGGGCCGUCAUGGAAAAAACCCCAAUUGUUAUUAGAACGACCUUAUAAAGAUGACGACGGUUUACCUCUACCCGUCGUUUUAGAUAUUUUGCCUGAUGGUGAACACAUAUGGGAACCAGUUGAGAGCCCAGGAGCAAAAAUCGGAGAAGACCUCAGGCGUAUUUUCCAGGAGAGAGGAUUGGAUUUUUUCGAGCAGCGUGAAGAACAGAGAACCGCCAAACCAUUCGUGGCCCACGACGAUGUGUCCGAGAACACUUCCAACCAUCGAGGUGAGAGACUUGACCUACUGGACGUUAAACCCAUGUCUCCAGAGGAGUUGUACAAAAUGCGCAUGGACAUAUUGCCACAGCUGCAUAUUGCCCUGGGUGAAAUGACACUUGCGAGAGACGUGCUUUCUCUCCUCCUUUCAUCUGCUGGGCCGGCUGGAUCAUCACCUAUCUCUGCGCUGCCACAAGAUAUCUUGACAUCAUCCUCCGUCUCUGCAACCGCCGCGAUCCCAUCAGUACAGUCUUUCAACGCGCAACUUGUUAUUGAGGGCAAAGAUGGAGCAUUGCGAAAAGCUGCACAAUUGCUCAAGUCUGCUGCAGAUAGCGUUGAGCGUGGGAGGCUGUCAGGGGAGCGAUAUUGGAUGGACUCUUUGAAAGUCAGGCGGCGAAAUUGGGGGCUGAUACCUGCCCCCCUCCCCUUUGGUGCUCCGGCGAAAAGGGGCUUCGAUCGGACGACCAAGGAUUUCUUAAUAUCGUUUGGGUUGGAAGAAUCAUUGCCUGCCUUCCGCCGCAGGGCAUUAGGGCAGUUGGCCUCAUAUGACACGAGCGCGGGGCCGAUCACAUUUUCCCAGAGACAGCGUACAAUCCUUCGCGUCUCUUUGACCACCGUUGAUCACUCAGGAACUAGAUUCACCUCAUACAAUCACAUCCGGUUGGAGAAAGACGUCUCUCUAGACGCAAUUUUGAGAGAAGCACAACGUGAAAUCGUUGAGCAAGAGAUCUUCUCGAUUCUCAUUAAAGACGCCGGGAACUUGCCGACCGCUUCUGCCAGGGUCUCCGAGCGGCUUAUUGUCCUUGAAACCGCACAAAAUGUUGAACUUCGAUUUGAACUGGUAGAAAAAGAUCUAGUGGAUAUAUCUCCGCAAGUCAGCGCGAACCCUAGUGAUGAAGCAAGAUGCGAUUUCAUUUAUUCCUCGCUGCAUCUUCUCCUUCUCCGCCUCCACGCAUAUAAUAAAAGGCGGCGAUUGAGUGGCGCAUCUGUACGCAUGCCCACCUUGAUAUACAUGGUCCCAGCUCCCCCUGUGCUGCAGCCCAUCAUCGAUUUACUCCAAUAUCAAGUGUUCUGUGAGCGGAUACACGGAGAAAUGAGCCAAAUAGUACAAGCUCUUCAAAAUGCGGGUGUCACAACAAGGUUCCACUUCGAUGCGGUGAGCGAGAACGGGGAUGAAUUAGUGCGACUAGUCAGUGAGGAUGGGCCUGGACAUGUCGGGGGUGAAGCCAUCAUUCGGAUAGAUAACAGUCGGACACUGCGCUUUACUUUCCAUUCUCCGUCCACGCUCACUGCGCAUCUCUCCCAAGCCACUCUCCCCAUCUCUUCUAUUCCUCAACUUACACAGCUCCUCAGAGACGAAACGGAGCAGUGUCUCCUCUCACGUAUAUGCCAGGUUGGAGCGCAACUCUCUGAAUGCACGAAUGGUACUUGGUUUGUGGAUCUCCUCAUGGGCCGAAGUGUGGGGAAAUGGGAGGGAUAUGUAUUGAAUUUUCGAACGUCGUACGGAAUGGAUUCAGCUAUCCAAUGCAUCGCUUCGCGCUUUCAUCGUAGCGAUGGUCAUCCAAAAUCGCACUCUGAUCAUUUUGAUACCAGCCAGCCGACCCCUUUGUUCUCUUGGGUUGAAGAAAUCAUUCAAGGAGCUCUGUCGGAACGGUGAGGAGGGUACGCUGUUGCAACAACCUGCUUUUGAAUCUCGAGAUCCGAAUAUUCACCGCUUCAUCAUGUAUCGUACGCAAAAGAAUGGCAGUAUAUGUAACAUAUAACAUGAUUUUGGGACAUGUCAUGGACGAAAAAUGGUGCCUGUGAAAGAGGGCUCAUACAUCACCGCAGAGAAGAUACCAAACAUCUAAUCUUCAUCCUCAUCCUCCACGAUCGCAUCUCCACCAGCCUUGAAGGCCUCAAUUCUUGUCUGAAUGUUGGCUCUGCGCUGCUCGAGUGUGAGGCGGGGUGUCUUGAACUUGAGGCUCUCUGCCUUCCAGUCCUGAGACUUUUCUGUCGGCUUGAAGGUGGGAUCUUCACGGAUAGCAGCGUAAGCAUUGGUAUAGAUUUCUUC